AUGGUCGCUUACCUGGAGCAGAUAUUCUCCAAGAGGCUCGAUGCCAUGCAGUCCAUGAUAGAGAGGCUCCCAGGAGUACCUCCCCCCAUCCGGAAGAGCAACCCCGACUCUUAUGCCGAUACUCCUUUCACGGAUGAGAUCACAUUGAUCGAGAUGCCCAGGAAGUUCUACUUCCCCAGCAUAAAGGCGUAUGACGGCACCACUGAUCCGGACGACCACGUUGCCCAAUACAGACAAAGGAUGCUCGCCGUAGCACUCCUAAAGGAGUCGCGUGAAGCUACCAUGUGCAAAGGGUUCGGCUCAACCCUGACCGGACCCGCUCUGCAAUGGUACAUCAACCUACCCUCCAGGUCCAUAGCCUCCUUCGCAAUUCUCAGCAAUAAGUUUGUGGAACAAUUCGCCAGCAGCAGGGACCUGAAGAAUACCUCUGAUGGCCUCUACGAAAUCCUCCAGCACCGGGCGGAACCCCUACAAAGCUACAUACCCCGCUUCAAUCAAGAUAAGGUGGCUAUUCCUGAAUGCAGCAUCCCCACUGCUAUCUAUGCCUUGAAAAGAGGCCUACUCCCCGACGGGGACUUCUAUAAGGAGUUAACCAAAUACCAGUGCAAAACCAUGGAAGACGUCCUAUCUCGAGCCUGGGCGCAGGUAAAAUGGGAGGAAGAUGUCGCCAGCCGCGCUAAGGCGCAACAAAAGCAAGAUCCCAAGACGAUCAGUCCAGACAGAACCGAGCGAGAUGAGAAACCCUCUCAAAUACCAGCCAGGGACUCCGGAUAUCGAAACCGGGGCAGAUACCAGAACCGGCCGAUCGAGAAGGUAGAAGGGAUGACAGUGUGCACGUGGCCAGACAUCUCUCACCUCUCUGUCUGA